AUGCAAACACAAAGAUACGAAUCUAAAGAUUUAUCCGAAGUAGAUUCAUUGAAACAACGAAUCAUUGAUCUUAAAACUGAAAAUGCUUCACUUAGAGAUAAGUUAAACCAAACUGUAAAAGAGAAUAAG